ACCUUUUCUCUCUUCUUUCACUACUUUCAUAGGCCAGUGUUCAGUGAAGCCAGCAAACCUAGCAUUUCCGCGAGCAGGUCGUGCACCUUGCAAGCAUGUCUGAGCUAUUCAAAGAUAUUCCAGAGUUUGUAGAGACUCGCAUCGGUGAAUCACUCACCGCUAGGACAGAAACUCUAGCUUCGUUUCGCGAGUUGGGACCCCCAGAUCUAUGCCAUGUGAUCAAAUCAUCAGGAAGCAAGACCGCUCAGAAAGAUCUCGGCUCAUAUCAUUAUUGUUCCGGGGUAGAGGUUUCUUCCCCUGCUACUGUGGCCGCAUAUUUCAACUCCUUGCAGUUCUCUGUCGAUGAUACACCCGCAUGGUACGGUGGAAAGGGAAGUAAUUGGAAAGUGAGAGGAGGUACUUAUUGCUGUUUCAACGCUUUUGCUAGGGUUGAUAUGAGAAUCGACGUGUCAAUUCCUGGAGGUGUGGAUGCUUAUGUCGUCGAUCUCAGAGGAGACAGACACGAAACCUCUGCAGAGUUAUGGCAAGAAACAUAUAUGUCAGCUAUGCUACGUGCUAUAUGUUACUCCGAUGACGCUUCGUAUCGAUUAGCAGGAUAUAGAAAGGUUGAUCCUAUCACUACCACAGAAGCAGAGCUUCGGUUUCUCAAGGCUUCUGAAGUUCUGUUUUACAAAGGUUGGCAACUUGGUUCUGACCCCGAAAUUCAAGUAGCGACAAAUAUCACCAAUCAUUUAACAGCAGCGAUAAUGAAAUACUUUUCCGAAUCCUUUCGGUUAGAAAAAGCUGCCAAUCUAUUCGAGAAACUUUCUGCAAAAGAUCCAGAAUUAGCAGGUUUGUUAGCGAGGAGUUAUCUCGGAAUGAAUGAAGAAAUCAAAGCUGUCAAAAUAAUGCACGCUGCAUUAGAACAAAAUCCACAAUCUUAUCCCGUCUUACAUGCUCAAUGUGAUUUUCUCUCGAAUAAAGGUCGACAUGAAUGGGCUCGACAAAUAGCUCAACAAGCAGUCAGUUCAGCACCUAGUGAAUUUGUUACAUGGGCGAAACUCACAGAGUGCUUCAUCGUUUUGAAUCAAUAUGAAUCGGCUCUUCUUACUUUAAAUUCUUGCCCCAUGUUCACCUUCAACGAAAGGGAUCUUCAUCGGAUGCCGACACCUGCACGGAGUCAUUUACCGAUAAAAAAGUUCAUUGCGGAUUCUAAUAUAUUGGAUGAGGAUGGCUCUGCGGAUAAUGAGGCCGAUGUGGCUUUACUACGACUACCAGCCCCCGGUCUCAGAGGGACGUUCGCCAGAGCCUACUCUAUGCUCACAUUACUCGUCUCGAAGAUCGGUUGGGACGAACUACUCAAAACUAGAUCAUCCGUAUUCGUGAUGGAAGAAGAAUAUCGAUUACACAAAACCGUCGCUUCUGUCGAUCUGAAUGGCACCGACGCUUCUUCCACCGAUGGUAUACAUUCCACCGUCAACACCCCUUCUGAUAUACCCACCAUUCGAAUAUCCAGUGAAUCCACUCGAGGUCAAAUAAACGGUGUUGAACAUUCCUCCACUUCGGGUCACGAGCCAGAACGUCCUGAAUUGGCUCAAGUAGAAGAGAACAAUUCAUCAAUACGAGUUGAGAAUUCUGCUUUUUCGAAUAAAAGAUUAUGUGAAAGAUGGCUUGAUAAUUUAUUCUUAGUAUUAUACGAAGACUUGAGAGUUUAUACCAUUUGGAGAGCUGAAAUAUCUCAUUUCAAAACUCAACAUAUGUCAUAUCGUAAAACAGGUACAGAAUGGGAGAUUCUAGGAGAAUUAGCAUUACGUCUUCAUCAUAAAGAAGAAGCAAAAGACGCAUUUCAAAGAUGUCUCGAUUCGAAAUUCAGCGCAAAAGCUUUGAUGAAGUUAUUAGAAAUGUAUGCCAACGAAGGUGAUUUACAAAGGACUUUAACGGUAGCUGUCAAGUUAACAACUUACCAUCAUCGUUGGUAUAUGGAAGCUUCUUAUCCUAGUAUGGUGGCACAUCAUCUUUUCAAACUUGGACAAAUACAUGGUCAUGCUAAAAUACAAUAUACUUUAUUAAGUAUGAAUUUACCACCGGGGAUAUUUGAAAUUAUGACUGGGUAUACGAAAUAUGGGCAGGUAUUUGGAGUUGAGGGAUCAGAGUUUUAGAUGGUACACUGAUGAUAUAUCUGAGAAAGUCAGGUGUUCAGGUCGGAUGCACUACUUGCUCUUUC